CUGCGUUCGAACACAAAUUAUAUAGUACAUUUGUACACGCGGUUUCUUCAAAUUCAAGAUGGCGAAUCUAUUUCUUCGGAGAGCAUUGUCUUAUAACCAGUUUAGGACGUUACAUAAGACUGCAAUUAAAUACAAUGCACCGGUACCGAUCACUUUCAAUAUGUACAAGAACCAGCAAAAGUUCCGUGAAGUCCAGGCUGAAGUGCUGAAUACCUUGAUGUCCAGCCCCAGAUUUGAGCACCAGCUAAUUGAUGUUGAACAUUGGAUGACAAAGUUGCUAGAUUAUACUCUAGAAGGAGGAAAAAGAGGCAGAGGUUUGGCAGUGCCCUUUGCGUACGAAAUGAUGGAAGACCCAAAACAUUUUACACAAGAAAACCUCCACAGAGCGCGGGUUUUGGGGUGGGUCGUGGAAAUAAUACAAGCGUAUCUGCUAACUGUAGAUGAUAUCGUGGACGCGUCACAAACUCGUCGAGGCAAGGAGUGUUGGUACCUACACAGUGAUGUGGGGCUAGGAGCAGUCAACGACUGCGGUCUCCUACUUACCUGUGCCGUGGAAGUUAUGGACCUUUAUUUCGGAAAGGAACCCAUCUUCAGCGAUUUAAUCAAAACUACCAAUCGGAUGUUGUUGCAAACAUCGAUAGGUCAGUAUUUAGACUGCUCAUCUGGCUACAGCAAGGAGAAGAAUAAUCUUGAUAAAUUUACAAUGGAGCUCUUCAAUUCUAUAGCCUAUCAGAAAACUGGCAUCUACUCUUUUAAAUUUCCGAUGCUCUUAGCUCUUACUUUAGUUAAGGACGGAAAGAAUAAGUACUCCGAGGAAGCUCAGAAGAUUGCCUGGGAUUUGGGGAGACUUCUACAAUUUCAGAAUGACUACAAAGACGUGUUUGUCGACGAUAUGAACACGGGGAAGGUAGGCACAGAUAUUCAGGAAGGUAAAUUGACCUGGUUUGCUGUGACAGCGCUGCAGCGCUGCACCGAAGAACAACGUUCCAUUUUCAAAGAAAACUAUGGGAGCGAUAACCCUGAACAAGUAAAGCGGAUUAAGCAGCUUUUUGAUGAAUUAGAAAUGGAAAAAGUAUACAAGGAAAGUGAAAGUGAACUAUAUGAUGAUUUAGUUCGUAGAAUAAAGGCUCUGCCAACAAAAGGAGAGACACAGUUCUACUUAGAAAUUUUGGAGGCAUGCUGUAAACAUCUCUAUUGA